AGCAGCUGCAUUAUUACAAAUUAUAAAAUAAAGUUUAAAAAAUCAGUACAUUAAUAAAAUUUUACAUAUAUUUUUACAUAAAAAGUAAAUACUAAAAGUGUAUAUUUACCGAGAUAAUUAUGGAUGAAAGUAAUAUUCCUAUCGAUAUUAAUAUUGGUAAACUCCAAGAUUGGUUAGUCAGUCGAAGACACGUAAAUAAGGAUUGGUCUAAAAGUGUAAUAGCAGUAAGAGAAAAAAUAAACAAUGCUAUUCAAGACAUGCCAGCUCACGAGGACAUAGCAGCCUUGCUUACAGGAAGCUAUAUUAACUAUUUCCACUGUCUCAAAAUCAUUGAAAUACUGAAAGAAACUGAAGCUGACACAAAGAACUUGUUUGGUAGAUAUGGGUCUCAAAGAAUGAAAGAUUGGCAAGAUGUAGUCAAAAGUUAUGAAAAAGAAAAUCUCUAUCUAGCUGAAAGUGCUCAAAUGUUAGUGAGAAAUAUCAAUUAUGAAAUACCAAGCUUGAAGAAACAAAUAACAAAAGAGGAACAGAUACAAAAUGAAUGUGAAAAGAAACAUGCAGAUUAUUUAAAGAAUGAAGCAUCCAGCAAAUCAGAAUUUCUUACACUGUGUAAACAGCUGGGAAUCAAAGGAAAUAAAAUAAAAAAAGAGUUAGUGGAGAGAUUGAAAGAAUUGCCUGAAAUAUAUGACAAAAUUGGAAAAUCAUUGAAACCUUUGAAAGCGGGAAUAGAAUUAUACUCUGCAUUCACUAAAUACAUACUCGGUGAAGAAUCCCCGGAAGUUUUGCCAAUGUUGCAGUAUGUUAUUGAACAUGGCAACACCACUGUUUAUGAGUGGAGCUACGGUGAGCCACCACUGAGUGUAGAACCCGACCCGAUUCAUAUAGAAAUAGAAGAGGACAAUGAGGCUGGUGAUGGAAAUCAGAUUGAUUUUGGAGAUAAUGAAAUCGACUUUGGGGCAAUUGAUGCUCCGGAUGCUGGAGACGCUGCAGAAAUUGACUGGGGGAAUAUUGAUUUAGUGACAAACAAUGUGGAUGUAUCAGCUGACGUUGCGGAAAUUAGUUUGGACGAGUCUGGCAUAGUUGUAGAGGAGCAGGGAGUUUGCGGGGGGGUUGCGAGGGGAAGAGACGCGCUCACUCUACUGGAUAACCCACCCACAAGGAACCAGUUCCUUGAUCAACUGGUUGAGUUGGAAUCGUUUUUGAAAAUGCGUCUCUACGAAACUAAUGCUUCAAAUGAAAGUCAAAGUUUUUCGCUCAUUCAACAACUGCCGACGGAGAGUACCGCGGCCCUGGCGGCAAUGUUGGAUGCGGUUCACACCGCGUCGUCUGCGCUAACUGCACCUGAAAUCGCACAUCUCCACAACGUGAAACAUUCGCCAAGAUAUGUGGAUGUACUGACAGCACAACUGCAGCAGAAGCUAACGCUAUGUGACAAGCUGUCGCGAUUAGCGGAGCGCGAGCGUGAGCGACAGCGGGUAGCGAGUGAGCGAGCGGUCUCAAUGCGCCCGCUUGUCACCCGGCUUAUUGAACGCACCAAGGAGUUGCAACUCAAUAUUGAAAAGGAGAUAUCUAAGAAAUAUAAAGGAAGACCAGUCAACAUUAUUGGAGGAGUGAAAUUUUUAUAAGAAAAGAUAUAUUAGUAAUACUAAUGGUACGGUAAUACGUAAGUGAAUAUUUACGUAAAAUAUUGUAUGUUUGAAAAAUAAAAUUAUUGUUAUUUUUUUA